AUGAAGCGGCCCUUAUCGAAGGGAGGGAAAGGCGCGGCGCUGCCUGCGCCCCGCUGCGCGGCGGCCGAGCCGGCCGGGGACAGCUACUUUCGCAAGGGAUGUAAUCCUCUUGCUGAGACGGGUCGUAGCAAACUACAAAAUCAAAGAGCUGUUCUAAAUCAACAGAUCUUAAAAGCAGUGAGACUGAGAGCUGGUGCUGAAAAUCUUUUACGAGCUACCACCAACAACAAAGUACGAGAACAGGUACUACUGGAACUAAGUUUUGUAAACUCUGACCUGCAAAUCUUAAAGGAGGAAUUGGAAGGACUUAAUAUCUCAGUAGAGGUUUAUCAAAAUACAGAAGAGACUUUCAGCAUUCCCUUGGUACCUCUCGGCCUGAAAGAAACCAAAGAAGUAGACUUUACAGUUGCCCUGAAGGACUUCAUUCAGGAACAUUAUAGCGAAGACAGUUCUGAGUAUGAAGAUGAAAUAGCAGAUCUCAUGGAUCUGAGACAAGCCUGCCGUACUCCCAGUCGAGAUGAAGCUGGUGCUGAGAUGCUGAUCAGCUAUUUUCUUCAGCUUGGUUAUGUAGAAAACAGAUUUUUUCCACCCACCAGGUACAUGGGGAUUUUAUUUACAUGGUAUGACUCCUUCACAGGUGUCCCGGUGUGCCAGCAAAAUCUGUUGCUUGAAAAAGCAAGUAUUUUAUUCAAUAUUGGAGCCCUAUAUACCCAAAUUGGCACAAGAUGCAAUCGUCAGACAAAGAGUGGACUUGAAAAUGCAGUUGACGCUUUUCAGAGAGCAGCAGGAGUGCUGAGCUACUUAAAGGAGACCUUCACUCACACCCCAAGUUACGACAUGAGCCCAGCUAUGCUCAAUGUGCUAGUCAAAAUGCUGCUCGCUCAAGCUCACGAGUGCGUCUUUGAGCAGAUCAGUCUCCCGGGAAUACGCAAUGAGUUUUUCACACUAGUGAAGAUGACACAGGAAGUUGCAAAGGUUGGAGAGGUUUACAUGCUGGUGAACACUGCAAUGAAUCAAGAACCAGUCAAGGAGAACAUUCCUUAUUCCUGGUCUAAGCUGGCACAAAUAAAAUCAGACCAUUACAAGGCUCUAGCGCAUUACUUCAUUGCCACCAUCCUGUGUGACCAUGAGUUGCAAUCCAGUGAUGAUGAAGAUCAGCAGGAGAAAGCCUUGUCCCAGUUGUAUGACUACAUGCCAGAAGGACUGAUGGUUCUCACCAUUUUAAAGGACAAAGGACAAAGAAAACAAUUAGGGAAAGCACAUUUACGCAAAGCCAUCAUUUAUCAUGAGGAAGCCCUAAGGGUCUGUGGUCUGUGCAAAAAGCUUCGAAAUAUUGAUAUUCUCCAAGAGGUCCUGACAGCUGCACACAAGCGCUCACUUCUCAAAUAUGCUCAGCAGGACAAGGAAGACGACUUCCUCAGUCUAAUCCAAGCUCCAGAUAUCCUUCCUAAAACGGAACAUAAAGUAGAAGCAGUCGCUCCCCAGUUUUCCAAGGUGAAAAUUAAGGACUUAUUUCACAGGCUGGGCCCGCUGUCCGUGUUCUGUGCCAAGCAGCGCUGGACGGCGCCGCGCACCAUCCGCCUCCGCUGCGAAGCAGGAGAGCUGGGAUUCAGCCUGAAGGGGGGCUCGCCCGUCCAGACCUACUGUCUCGAUCCAGUUUGUUCUGCAGCGUUGAUGGGCCUAAAAGAAGGAGACUACAUUGUUUCAGUUGGUGGUGUGGAUUGCAAAUGGCUUGGAGUGAAUGAGGUACUGGAAAAAAUCAAAAGCCUGGGAGAGCAGCCCAUUGAGAUUGAGGUUAUCAGUUGCCAAGACACAACUGCUUCUAUGCAUAACAAGAGUGCAACUUAUUCUGUGGGAAUGCAGAAGACGUACUCCCUAAUUUGCUUAGCCAUGGAAGAAGAUAAGAUUGAUCGGACCAAGAAAGCCCCACCAAAACUGCCUUUUCUAAGCUGGGGAACUAAAAAUAGACAGAAAGCUGCAAGUACUCUCUGCCUCCCUUCAGCUGUGGCUGGAAGUUCUCCAAUUAAGAAAAAGUUUUCUCCCUUCACACUCCUGAAUACAGAAAGUUCAUUGUAUUGAAACUUUCAGAAGGAUCCAUUUAAUAUGAAGUUUUUAAAAUGUACAUAAAAUAUAUUGAUAUCAUCUUUAUACACGCAUUUGUAAAUUCGGACAACUGUUGACUUCCUUUACUGUGUAUUUGAACCACUAAAAAGGUCAGAGGCUGUCAAAAAUUGUUAAAACUUGCAUUUAAAGCUUGAAGAUCCAAAAAAGUGGUUUGGGAGGU